AUGCAACUCGACAACCAACUAGCCCUGGCUUUCGGUCUGAUCACAACUAUCUUGACGAUCGUUGGUCUUCUCACGAAGAGCGCUACCAUCUACCAAGCGAUCGAUCUCGAGAGGCAGAAUUCAUCUGUCACGAUGGACGACGCGACAUGGUCCAACAUCGAUCACUGCAGUGCCGAAGCGAACGUCGGAGGGCACAGUCGUCACUCCAGCACGUCGGCCGUCUCCACAGCACCGUCUGAACGCGAUAUCAGACACGCCGCAUCGUCUAUCGAUCAAGUCGAUCGCACCAAUGCCUCUACCACCGAGCCUCGUCGCAAGCCCACUACCACGCCACCCAAGCAUGUCUCAACCUUGACAGAAGCCAAGCUCGCCACUCACAACGCCACAACGUCCGGCACCAUCGAUCACCCGAAUCACGUCGAGUCGUGCUUGGAUCAGCAGAUCAAGCUCAACCAACGUCACGACAUUCCGGAUCCGCAAGCGUGGAAAGAGCUGUGUCAAGAGGACGACCGUGCUGCGGAGAUUGAGGCCAUGGUCAAAGCCUGUCGUCACGAAGAGUGA